AUGUCCUUUAUCGAUCUCGAUUUCGCUAAAGCGUUUGGCAGGGUUGAUUAUCAGCUGCUUCUCAAGAAACUUAGUAAUUUUGGAGUUUGCGGAAACUUGCUGAGCUGGUUUCAUAACUAUCUAUCAGAUCGGCAACAAAAAGUUUCCAUUUUAGGAAAAACAUCCCGAUCAAUACCAGUUUUAUCAGGUGUUCCUCAGGGUUCAAUCCUUGGCCCUUUAUUGUUUCUUGUAUACGUGAAUGAUCUGCCUGAAAAGUCCACCACAUCGUCUGUUGCUCUGUUUGCUGAUGACACAAAGUCGCUCUGUUUGCUGAUGACACAAAGAACAACAGAUGACGUAAAAUCUCUCCAAUGUAAUCUGGAUGGAAUCAGGCAAUGGUGUCGGACGUGGCGCAUGAACCUUAGCGAAACUAAGUGUGGAGUUCUUAAGGUAACAAGGAAUCUCAAACCCGAGGAAUCUGAAACAGAUCUUGGCGUUCUCAUCAAUGCAGAUCUCAAAUGGAACCAACAAGUCUCUGCUGUAUGUGCGAAAGCAAACAGAAUGCUUGGGUUCGUAAAAAGGUACUCCAUUAAGAUCACGAUCCUCGUACACGUACCGCACUUUAUAAAACGUUACUACGAAGUCGUUUCGCGUACAGCUCCCAAGUCUGGUCCCCACAGUCUGUGUCUUUAUUCCUCGAAGUCGAGAAGAUUCAAAGACGUGCAACGAGAUUGA